UUGAAAGUUGGAACGGUGCAGAUCGAGAUUGGGCGGGCGGCGGGCGACUGGGAGAUCGGAGGCUGCGGCGCCGCGGCCCGCCCAGUGGCUGUUCGACCGCCGAGCUGAGCGCACGCCGCGCCGCGCACUCACACCACGCACCCGCCGCUAUGAUGCGGCGCGGGUCGAUGGCAAUUGCCGGCGGCGGCGAGCCGCUGAUCGUGGUGGAAGAGAGCGGGUCGGAAGAUGCGGAGUCGUCUCCCCGCUCGUAUGCACCAACCCGCGGUCUUUCCGUCGACCAGGAGUCACCCCCAGAUCCGUACCAUCUGUCUCCGUGGCGUGAUACACGCAAGCACUCACUGCCUACCCCUUCGUGCACCACUGGACCUACAGCUAGCCAGGUCCGGCGACUGUCCGAACGAGGCGAGAGCGCUGCUCGAGAAGCCCGUGAAGCGGCUUUCCUGGCCACUUUAAGUCAAGUUACGCCGCAACCAGGCGGUCGAAGACAUUCCGUAGUAACAAUAUCGCGAGUGCCCCAAGCGUUGUUCGGUCGGGGCCGCCGGGAGUCCAUAGCUGCAUUCCCGGCUUUGGCGCGUCGUAGAGAUUCUGGUUCUGGUUCUAAGAAAUGUCCACCAGCCACAGACACGCUUGGCAGUACUCAUAAUCUACAGCUUGAUAUUAUGGACGACAUUGUCCAAGCUCGGAAAGUGCGUAUGCGUUUGUGGAAUACUUCUAAUGAACGCGUUUGCGAAGUACAACCUCUCGACGAGCGAUCACCGAUGAGUGGCUCCGUAAGAUAUACAAACCGAGGACGCAGGCAUUCAGAUUACGUGGGCUCGCCGUUGCCGCCGAUUCCUGCACGUCGCCGCGCGUCUGAGAUGCCUCCUGCACCCCCCAUUCCACCACGGUCGGGUGCGGGUGUCGUGUGCACCGACACAGACUUGCAUCACAUGCUCAACGCUCUCACAUCAUCUGCCACUGAGAUAGAUCGUUGCGGAAGACCUGAGCGAACUAGGCGUCUAGCAGAUAUGCGUUCAGUCAGUUUUGAUGCCUCCACGCUCCGAGACAACCCCACAGAGUCUGGUACUACAUGGUUCACAAGACGACACCAAACAUUAGCUACUAAAAAGAAAGAAAGUGAGCCGAAAAAAGGAAAGGUAACCUUCGCCGCAGAUUCAAAACAAGGCCCCGGAGAUGUUGCUGCUGUAGUCUGGGAUAAACCGUCUGGGUCGGUUGUGGACGCCAGCGCUCUCGGGAGUGCAAUAGAAGUAUUUCUUAGAAAGAGCGGCGCCGUGAUUGCCGAUCCUAGUGCCUCUUCAUCAGGUACAGCUACUGUAAAGGAGCCAGGGGAGGUUCGAACUAAGCCACGAGACAUUCCAGGACCGAGCCGACGCUCUGAGGGGGAACGCUGGUACACAAACAGACCCGAUGAGGAGGAAACGGCGGAGGGUUGCGACGCAACUCUUUGCUCAUCGUUAAAAGACCUUUUCGUGUAGACGCUAUUGUAGCGUUUAAAACUCUUGUAAAUUAUUAAUUACCUAUAGUUGUCAAAUACAGGCUCGUUUCUUAAAGAGCGAGUAAGAGGUAGGUACGAUCGUGUUACGUACCAACUUUAUGAAUCUUUCAAUGUGAUAGACUACGCGCCGGCGCCGGUCGUCCUGAGUCGACUCACGACCGACGCCUGCUCUGCGUGAAAUUAUUUUUAGAGUAAAUUCUAUUUUCAUUGUAAAUUUUUUGAUAUUAGCGAUCAAAAUAUUGACUUAUUGUUAGAUAGAGAAUUAUAUUCGUGAUCGAAGGGCGCGCGUUUUCCACGCCGAGUGCAAUCUCCCACCGCGCGCCUCACCCCACCCCAUCUCGUUCGACAAUCUGUGUCUUGUAAUCCAGUGUUACCAUUAAAACAAUUAAAACUUUAAAAUAUAGCAGAAAAGUAUGGAGGAGACGUUGGGAGAAACGUACGCUUAAUAGAAAAAGGCGACUUCUAGUCGUCUUUUAUCAAUAAAAUUUUUAUCGAUGUUAUUUGGCAUUUUCAUUGCAUUAUUACUUUUCCCUGUAGCAUUUCAUUACAAAAAUAUAAGUAUGGAGCUGUUAUAAUUGUAAUAAAGUAAAGUAAAAUUAAAUUAUGUAGUUGUUUAGUAUACCUACAAUAGUCCUCCAUACAUUCCCUUUAGAAUUCCAUACUGAAACUAAUACUCGUAUAAAAUGGUUUUUCUCGAUGUUUUGUAUCAUUACGGGACGCGCUGAUAAGAUUCGCUGUGAGCUCAUUACACAAAGCGUAUUCAGCAUAUUGCUAUUUACAGAGAUGACAAAGCCCGUUGUAAGCAAAAAAAUCUACGUCAUUACUGCAGCUGAAAGUUAUUCUCUAUAUGUGCGUAUCAACUCAAUUCGGAAAAAUAUUUACGAUUGUCCAAAGACUCAAGUUCAUAAUAACUUUUCGGUGAAUAAGCACCUUUGUAUUGUAACCGGUUUGAUAGACACUUACUACUAGAACUUUUCCAAUUACUUAAGUCUAAAGACGAAUUCCCAUAACUACACUGUAUUCGAUACACGUAUGUCAUAUUAUUGAUUAUCAAUUCCAAACUCAUAUACUACGAGUAUAACAACAAUUUCUGAAACUGAUAGUUGUGAGAUUACUCAACUUCACCUUAAUAAUGUUAUACUAAACACCUAUGAAAUAUAUUAAUGGAAUCAAUUAUUUUUAUUUUGACUCUGUUAAACGGCGGUGCAUUUGUUUUCCAUAUACAUAUAUAUAUAUUGAUUCUACCAUGUACUUUAUUUUACGUUUUGUUUUAAAUAAACAGAUGUAUAACAUGGGUUUGUUUCUUUAAAAAUCUUUCAUAAAUAAUAGAAUAACCUAACUUUUUAUAACUUUUUAGACCGUGUAGUUAAAUAUAACCGAAUCCCCAGGUCCAGUAAAAUAAAAUUGUGCAAUGUCUUUAAUGAUUAGAUCUCUUUAAGAUAUUCUUAAUAGAGUUGAUUUAGUAAUGUAACUGAAUACUUAAUACACAGGAAAAGGAAUAUUUUUAUAAGAUAAUAACAUUAAUAAUACAAUUUGUAUAAAAUUAUUAAACUAUAACCAAAAAAUAAUUUUCAUAAAUCAGUUAUUUUCGCUUGCUGAUUUGAUUUGAUUUGAUCGCUAAUUCGAGUAUCGAGUUGAUGAUUUGACUUCAAACCCAGACAAUGCUCUUCUUCGAAGA